AUGGAAACAAGAGAAAGGAACAAUAGUACUAACCAACAAGAGAAUGCACUCAAGGAUUCUUCAUGGUAUGAUCAUUUCAAAAAUGUAUCAAAUCCAUUGAUGGCAAGAUAUGUGUAUGCCUUGAUUUUCUUAGUUUCCAAUGUGUUGGCAUGGGCUACACGUGAUGAACUUACUAGAAUUAAUUCAUGGACAAAAUUCUUCAAGGGUUUAAGAGAAUGCAACAUUGGAAUAACCUGUUUGGGUCCAGAUGGUGUUUUGAAAGUUAGCAUGGGUUGCUUUCUAUUUUUUAUGGUGAUGUUUUGUUCAACUACAUUCACUUCUAAGUUGAAUGGAGUAAGAGAUAAAUGGCAUUCUGGAUGGUGGUCAAUAAAGAUUGUUCUCUGGAUUCUAUUGACAAUCAUCCCAUUUUUACUCCCUUCUAAAUUGAUUGAUCUCUAUGGGAAGGCUGCACAUUUUGGUUCUGGGGUUUUCCUCAUAAUUCAACUAAUAAGUAUAGUCAGCUUUAUUAUAUGGAUAAAUGAUUGUUGUAUACCUAAAAAAAAUUCAAAUAAAUGCCAAUUUCAUGUGCUUCUAUUAUCAAUAGGUUCAUAUGUUAUUUGUUUGGCUGGAAUAGUUUUUAUGUACAUUUCGUAUGCACCUAAACCAUCUUGCCUCCUCAACAUUUUCUUCAUCACUUGGACCCUAGUACUUCUCCAACUCAUGAUAAGUGUAUCUCUACAUUCAAAAAUAAAUGGUGGCAUUCUAAGUCCAGCAUUGAUGGGGCUAUAUGUUGUCUACCUUUGUUGGGGUGCAAUUAGAAGUGAACCAGAAGAAGCAUGCUUCAGGAAGCCAAACACUAAAAGCAAAACACAAUGGCAUACCAUCAUUAGCUUUGUUAUUGGACUAUUGGCUAUUGUUUAUGCAACAUUUUCUACAGGCAUAGAUUCCCAAUGCUUUCAGAAAAGUGAUAAGCAAGAAGAAGAAGAUGAUGAUGUUCCAUAUGGUUAUGGCUUCUUCCAUUUUGUUUUUGCAACAGGAGCUAUGUACUUUGCAAUGCUGUUGAAUGGAUGGAAUAGUAAUCAUUCUAUGAGAAAAUGGACAAUUGAUGUGGGCUGGACCAGUACUUGGGUCAAGGUAGCAAAUGAAUGGUUGACAGUAUUUGUAUACCUAUGGAUGCUGAUAGCUCCAGUUAUAAACAAAAGAGAUACUGAAUCUACAUGAGAACAGAUACAAAAAAGGAACUUCAAAUGGAACACUCCAGAAAUGAGUUCUAGCACAAAUGCUGUUGAUUUAGGAAAGGAAUAGUGUAGGAUCUGUAUUCAUUAAGGGCAUAGGGUCAAGUAGAAUCUGCAUUCUCAAAUAGCACACUCACACUAUCCACCCAUUGUACAUAAUUUCGUGUGUUUAUCAAUUUAACUGAUAAACAAAUUGUAACAUUCCAUAGAAAUUUAAAUUGCAACCUAGGGGAGACCGAUUCAUUAGGAUAGAACAUAAAAAUC